AUCCGGGGGCGGAGCCGACGCGGCCGGCGGGGCGGACGGGUGCGGGCCGCGCGUGGCGGCGGCGAUGGGCGAGGGCGGGCUGCCCCCGGCCUUCCAGCUGCUGCUGCGCGCGUGUGACCAGGGCGACACGGAGACGGCGCGGCGGCUGCUGGAGCCGGGGGCGGCGGAGCCAGCCGAGCACGGCGCAGAGCCGGAGGCGGGCGCGGAGCCGGCGGGGGCCGAGGUGGCCGGGCCCGGGGCCGCAGCGGCGGGGGCAGUCGGGGCUCCGGUGCCCGUGGACUGCUCGGACGAGGCGGGCAACACCGCACUGCAGUUCGCCGCGGCCGGGGGCCACGAACCGCUGGUGCGCUUCCUGCUGCGCCGCGGUGCCUCGGUCAACAGCCGCAACCACUACGGCUGGAGCGCGCUCAUGCAGGCGGCCAGAUUUGGGCAUGUGAGUGUGGCACACCUCCUGUUGGAUCACGGGGCUGAUGUCAAUGCCCAGAACCGGCUGGGGGCCAGUGUGCUCACUGUGGCUUCUCGGGGCGGCCACCUGGGUGUGGUGAAGCUGCUCCUGGAAGCCGGUGCCUUUGUGGACCAUCACCACCCUUCAGGCGAGCAACUGGGGUUGGGCGGCAGCAGGGAUGAGCCCUUGGACAUCACGGCCCUGAUGGCUGCCAUCCAGCACGGGCACGAGGCCGUGGUGCGUCUACUGAUGGAGUGGGGCGCGGACCCCAACCACACAGCCCGGACCGUGGGCUGGAGCCCGCUGAUGCUGGCCGCACUCACUGGGCGGCUUGGAGUGGCCCAGCAGCUGGUGGAGAAGGGCGCCAACCCUGACCACCUCAGCGUGCUGGAGAAGACCGCCUUCGAGGUUGCACUGGACUGCAAGCACAGGGACCUUGUAGACUACCUGGACCCGCUGACCACCGUCAGGCCCAAAACAGAUGAGGAGAAAAGGCGACCUGAUAUUUUCCAUGCAUUGAAAAUGGGAAACUUCCAGCUGGUCAAAGAGAUUGCCGAUGAAGACCCCAGCCACGUGAACUUGGUCAAUGGGGACGGGGCGACGCCACUGAUGCUAGCAGCUGUUACGGGGCAGCUGGCUCUGGUGCAGCUGCUGGUGGAGAGGCACGCGGAUGUUGACAAGCAGGACAGCGUGCAUGGCUGGACGGCCCUCAUGCAGGCAACCUACCAUGGGAAUAAGGAAAUUGUGAAAUAUCUGCUAAACCAAGGGGCCGAUGUCACUCUUCGUGCAAAAAAUGGAUACACGGCCUUUGACCUCGUGAUGCUGCUGAAUGAUCCCGACACGGAACUUGUUCGACUGCUGGCAUCUGUCUGCAUGCAGGUGAAUAAAGACAAAGGCCGGCCGAGCCACCAGCCGCCCCUGCCCCACUCGAAGGUCCGACAGCCCUGGAGCAUCCCAGUGCUGCCCGAUGACAAGGGUGGACUGAAGUCCUGGUGGAACCGAAUGUCCAAUCGGUUCCGAAAGCUCAAACUGAUGCAGACGCUGCCCCGUGGGCUGUCCAGCAACCAGCCUUUGCCUUUCUCUGAAGAGCCUGAGCCAGCUCUGGACUCCACAAUGAGGGCUGUCCCCCAGGACAAGACAAGCCGCUCUGCACUCCCUGAUGCAGCCCCUGUGACCAAAGACAAUGGUCCUGGGAGCACAAGAGGAGAAAAGGAAGACACGUUAUUGACAACCAUGCUUCGAAACGGAGCUCCCCUCACCAGACUCCCGAGUGACAAGCUGAAAGCAGUCAUCCCCCCAUUCCUACCCCCUUCCAGUUUUGAGCUGUGGAGCUCUGAUCGGUCCCGGACGCGUCACAAUGGGAAGGCAGACCCCAUGAAGACUGCGCUGCCCCAGAGAGCCAGCAGGGGCCACCCGGUGGGCGGCGGGGGCACAGACACUACACCCGUCAGGCCUGUUAAAUUUCCAAGCCUCCCCAGAAGCCCAGCCUCUUCUGCCAAUUCUGGAAACUUCAACCACUCGCCUCAUUCAUCGGGCGGCUCCAGUGGGGUAGGUGUGAGCCGGCACGGUGGGGAGCUGCUUAACCGCUCAGGUGGCAGCAUAGACAAUGUCUUGUCCCAAAUCGCUGCCCAGAGGAAAAAAGCAGCCGGAUUAUCGGAGCAGAAACCCAGCCAUCGGUCAAGUCCUGUGGGGCCAGCACCGGGGUCCAGCCCAUCUGAGCUUCCAGCCUCCCCUGCAGGUGGCAGCGCUCCUGUUGGCAAGAAAUUGGAGACCAGCAAAAGGCCUCCAUCUGGAACUUCCACUACCUCCAAGAGCACCUCUCCAACCCUCACGCCCUCCCCCUCACCCAAAGGGCACACUGCAGAGUCCUCAGUGUCUUCCUCGUCAUCCCAUCGGCAGUCCAAGAGCAGUGGGGGCUCCAGCAGUGGCACCAUCACAGAUGAGGAUGAACUGACUGGAAUCCUUAAGAAAUUAUCACUUGAGAAAUAUCAGCCCAUUUUUGAGGAACAAGAGGUGGACAUGGAAGCGUUCCUCACGCUGACUGACGGUGACUUGAAGGAGCUGGGAAUUAAGACAGAUGGGUCCAGGCAGCAGAUUCUGGCAGCGAUUUCUGAACUGAACGCAGGCAAGGGACGCGAGAGACAAAUUUUACAGGAAACCAUUCACAACUUUCACUCUUCCUUUGAGAGCAGUGCCAGCAACACCAGGGCCCCUGGCAACAGCCCCUGUGCGUGAUCCUCCUUCCCGCAGCCAUCAGCGUGAGCUCUCUGAAUCCCGGGACCCCUUCACAUGGCCACAGCCCCAGCCCUGCCCCCGUCACACUGCUGUGCCUUAGUCAUGUUGUUCCCUUUGCUCGGGAUGCCCACUUCACGUCCACUGCAUUCAUUGGUAGUACUUCUUGCUGCAACAAACUUCAACACACAGAGACAGAUUCCCAUGUAACAGUCCAGUGGGGGUGCUUCUGCUUGGCAGGUUGGUUCACACAGUGAUGCAGGGACUCAGCUCCUUUCAUCCUGUGCUCUGCCCUCCCCGGGAGCCUCAGAGUUUGCUUCUGGCUGGCGGCAAGGGAAAGGGACGAUGGAGAAGGCAUGGCUGCUUCUUACCUGCCUUGCUCUUAACUGACACACAUCACUCCUGCUCACGUCCUCUUGGCCACUGGUAGUCGUGUGGCCCCACCUGGAUGCAGAGGAGGCCAGGAUGUGCAGUCUCCACAUAGUGGCUUCCCAGCAACAACUUUUGACUUAGAUGGGGGGUAUGUAUUAUGGUGAGAAGUUAGCCUUCCUGGCACAUCUUCCCUUAAAACUUCUAACUUGCCCCUCCUAGUCCAAGUCACCUGUCAGAUGAAGUCUUUUUUGACCCCCUUUCAGCCACUGGGUCCCUUAGUGCUGUGUAUGUGACUGCUCUAGCAUUCCACUGCACCUGCUGCAUACAGCUUACGUUCGAGAUGUGUAUGUCAAACGCAUUUUUCUUUAUUGCAAAGAGAGUCUAUUAUAGAAGGAAAGAAGUGGAGGCCUGCUGUGUGGAUCCCUUCUUCUUCCUAGCUUUCAGUUUCCUUAUCUGCAAAGUGGAAGGUCAGACCAGAUGAUGCUCUGGUACUCCGCAGUGCUCACCUGUAUCACUGCAGGGCUUUCUGCACUGAAAGUGGAAGCAGAAGGCUAAUGGGUCACAUUGUGAAAGGUCUCUGGUGCUCAAAGUUUCUAGGCAAAGAAGUGAAAAUUUGGAAUUUUUUCUACAUCCUGUUAAUGCUGUGUUCCUCAAAAGGGAAUUGGCUUGUGUAGUUUCCUACCAUAUCAUAUUUUAUUAAAUUAGAGGGGCCCUGACUUUUAAAACCCACUGGCUUUCUGAAGUAUUUUCCAUUGAGUGACUCAUUCAGCCAGUGCUUGUUGCAUUUAUGUUAGCUACCAGGUGCCAAGUGUGCAGACACAAUACAGAGCCUUCAGGCUCUCGACAGGCAAGAGAACACCUGUAAAUAGAGGGUCCCAACAUUGAGAGGCAGCAUGGUAGAGUGGGCAGACCUUGUGCUCUGGACUCAGGUUCAAAGUUCAGAUGAAGCUCAGUGGCCUCUUAGUUGGAGCUUAGAACCAGUAUGCCCAAAGUGCUGGGUCUACAGGAAGUACCCAGUCGAUGGUAGGCUGCACAGAAUUCUGAUCUCUACCUUGAGCCGUGCUGAGCCACAAGUUGGUCUCCUUGGGAGGUGCCAUCUCUCAUCUGUCCCUCCCCCAGCCAUGAAAGCCCAUUCCCCUAUGCUGGCUUUCAGAGGCUGUCGUUAACUUACUGCCCAGAGCCUCGUAGUUUUCUUCCCCUGCCCUGAUGGUUGGGUGUUUUUCCUUUAAAUUCUCUCAGCCUUACACUCACAGAAGCCAACUUUCCACAGGACUGAAGACAAAGUGUUUCAUUUAGCUGUUACUGACAGACAGCUUUACAAAGGUUACUAAUGUCCCAGCCUUUUUAAGGAGACACACUCAUUCAUCCCCUACUAUGUGCUGGCAGCUUUACCUUUGUCAUUUCAUCCUCAUGGCCACCCUGGAGGUGGCAUUGUGUAACCUCAUCUUGCACAUUCGGGAAAUGGAUGCUUAGGAGAGGGAAGCUGCUUGCCAGUUAAACAGCCCAGAAGGAGCAGAUCUGGGGUCAGAACCGGACCUGGUGGGCUUGCAAGCCUGUGCCUUUUCCACUAACUCCUAUAGACUCCUGGAGCUAGAAGCACUUGUGAUUCUUGUUUUAAUUUACUGAUGGCUUCAGGGGUUAACAGUAGGCCUAGAAUUGUUUGCCUCUGAAAUUCAUGGCCCCUGACGUUAUGUGCUUUGAGGUUUUGUGCCUGCUUUUUGCUGUGGUCCUGUUUUUCUCAUAACAAUAUACUGGUAUAGCUUCCACUCAGGUAAGUUUGAUUGAACAAUGAUACACAGCUGCACCGGGGGGUCACCUUUUCACAAAUGUAGACCUCCGUGAACUCAUUGGAUGACCCUGGACAGAGCGGGGCUAUUCCCAUUUUGCAGAUAGGACAGCAGAGGCUCCAGACAAUGCCUUUCUUUUCUUUUUCACUGGACUCAAGUGUCCAAGGCUUUUCAUCCUAGGAAGUUUGUGUGCUGGUUCACAAGAGGUCCCUGGCACCCUUUCUGGGGAUGUUUGGAUGCGGCUGGUAGGCAGGGAAGAGAAAAGGCACCCCAGCGGGAGCAUGUGUGGAGGCAGCACGGAACAUGUAGGUUAUAGAUCGUCAGGAGGGGUCAGUUGGGUGCUUGUUUUUCUGAUUUUUGGUCCUUGAUCACCCCCUUCCCUUCCCACACGUGUCCCCAGCCUGCCUGUGGCUGUUCCCCCCACAAGAAGCACCUCCCUUGCUUGGCAACCUUCACCAGCAUUUCCCAAAAGUAUGCUCCUGGGAACCCUAGUUCCACAGGAUGUUAAUAGGUUUUUCAUAAAGAAAAGUAGGGUGUGUAUGUGAAAGUGGGGUGAGGUUCCCUGGUUGAGUAGGUUUGGCAGACACUAAAGCGAGCUACACAAUCAUCUUUGCUACAGGCCUCUCACAACCUUCAGCAUGCCAGCAUGGGUCAGGCCUCUUCACAGGGCCAGGAAACUCAUAGCAUCUCCCGCAUUACUCUCAUCACUUCUCCAAGGUGUUUUUGCAAGACUGGAAUUCCUUGGACACCAUUGGGGAAGCCCCGCUUUUUCUGGAACAGCGGCAACCAAGAGGCCUUGCAGCCCUGGGAGUGGGUCAGGGCCCUUGGUGGUCACCUUUUCUCCCCAGCAGCUCUGCAGAGGUGGCAUGCUUGGCAGUGGGACAUCAGGGGACCGGGCCUGCUUUGAGAUGGCAGGGUCCCUGUUCUGAGAGCUCUGCAGCCUGAGGGCAUUGAGCUGAGGCUCCACCCUGAGCUCUCCUGCAGGGUGGAGGGCAUUGUUUACCAGCACCCAGGCAGUGUCUUGCUGGUGUGUCCUGAGUGCUGGAUGUCCAAGUCCCUGCUGGCCACGGAGGGCUCCUACCUCUCUUCUUCAGCGCCACAAAAUUAUGUGGAGGCCAGCUGGUUUUGUGAGGAGAUUGUUUAUUUUUUAAUUCUUUUGUUUACCGAACGUUUACUGAGCAUCUACCCUGUGCCAGCCCUACUCGUACGCUCUGUCUCCAAAGAUGAAAAAGGACUUCUCUGCCCUCAAGGGAACCCCACAGUAUCUUAGAGGAGACAAGCACGUCGGUGAGAUGGUGCGGUGAUGAAGCCUGCUGGGUAUAUGGCUCAGGGAAAGUCAUCGAUGAUGGCUCAGGCUCAGCCUGGGCAGGCCCCAGAGGAGAGAGCUGGAGUGGGGCCUCAAAGGGCAGGUUUAGGCAGAAAAGAAAAAGGGCAUUCCAGCUGGGGCAUGUGCAAAGGCAGCAUGUAAUGUGUAAGUUCUAGAUCGUCAGGGAGGAAGGGUCAGUUGGGCGCCUGUUUUUCUGUUUUUAGUCCUUUAAAAUGAGUAGAAGCAACCUGUUACCCUGGAAAGAGCACUGGACAUAGACCUAGUGCUGCGUGAUGUUGAGCACGUUUCUUCUUCCCUUUGAGUCCCAGUUUCCCUUUUGGUUACAGGGGGAUAGUAGCCCCCAGGGAUCAUGUGAAAGUGAGAAAGCCCUUUUCACACUGUGGAGCAGUGCAGAUGUGGGAAACCUCAAAGAUGGUUGCACAUUUUAAAUCCUUUCAUCUCUCAUCUCUCUUCUCUCCCUUCUGCCCUGACAUAGCCAUGGUUGGGUGGGUGAGGCCAGAAGAAACUGCCUCCGGCAAGAGGUAGCAGCCGCUCAGGUGGCUCUGCUGGCAUCGGAGCCCACAGAAGUGAGGAGUGGCCGAUGGACCUGCCCUCCAAAUGUGCCUGACUCUGGGUCUUGCUGUCACUGGAUUUCCUGGCAUGGCAGACAGAAAGAAAGAUAGUUUGACCAAGUCGUAGAAGCUGAUCCAGCGGGUAAAAAGGGGGCAGGGAACUCGUCUCUUUUAUUCUUGCCUCAGAGCUGCCUGAAGACAUGGGCCAGGCCGGAGGCUGGACAACUUUGGAUAGAUACGCUGACCUGUACUUCCAAGUAAAUGCCUCCUGAAGAGCCCGGGACCCUUCCUGGGGGAAUUCUGCAGCCAGAAUGAAGGUGCCAUCAGCAGGAGGCACUGUGAAGCACCAUCCUGUCGCUGUCCUUGUCCAUUCCUAGCAAGUUAAUCGUGUCUUGUUAACCAGCAGUUCCUGUUCAACGUGUAAAGAGACCUGAUGUUUUCCCUAAUAAAGCUGAUAACAGAUUUUGCAGGACUGGCCUGCAGAAGGAAUCUCCCUGGGUGAGGUGGGUCCUCUGGCCUCAGGGGGCUCUGCUCCUCCUUAACAUGCAGCCUAAGAGUGGAUUUAGACCCUGCCUUGAUUUCAGCCCCCCAGCUGAGAAUCCAGUCCCAAAAAUAACAGUUGUUGUUGCCAAAGCUUGGGAAUGAUAGAAGGGAAAUCCACACAGAAUCACGGGUAGUGAGCUCGAGCACAAAGCCCAGUUCAUUGUCCUCGGCUCCCCUCCCCGGCACUGCGCUUCCUUCCUAAGGCUGAGACCACCUCUCCCUGCCCUUGAGAACUCCCUUUGCUCCAGGACCCCCGCCAACUUGGGGCCCUGCCCAGCAGAGUGGAGCCAUCUCGAAUCAGCAUAGGGACCCUCCCAGGUUCCCGUUUCCUGCUGGAGCCCUCUCCAGGGCUGAGACACAGGGCAUGGCCAUCCUUGUGUCGGAGACCCUGUCUCCACCUCCAGGUUUGGCCUUACCCUAUAGGGCCCUCACUAGGGCCAGUGUAUUCACUGCCAAGAGUCUAGGAUGCCAUUUUAGUUUCUGCCCAAGGGAGUGUCUAUUUUCCUCACCAUAGACACUUUAUUAUUUUAUUGUUAUGUUUAUGCAGGGACUUAAUUCUUUGAAAGAUUAUUGUUUGUCGGCCUGUGUAUAUUAAAUGAUGUAAAGUUA